CUCCUCCUGGGGGUCUGUCCGUCGGAAAGUGAACUGUGUUUGGCGUGCUAACGCGACUGGUAUCCCGAGUUUUUUCCUCCUCUGUUGUCUGUCUUUCGUUCGGUGUUUUGUGUUUCUUUUAAACUUCACCCGCGAGGUUUUACGUUACUUCUUUAAAAAACCGGUCCUGUCCCCGAUUUAUGGGAUGUUUUAGAAAAGUUCCCGAAGUGCUCUUUGAGGAACCGGUGGACGGCGGACACCACCGGAGAUGGAUAAGCUAACCGAUAGCUGAGUUGUUAGCCGAGAAUCACAGGUCAAGAACAGGAUCAAGCUAGCAUGCUAGCAGCUAGCUAAUUUAGCAUUUUAUCGGUUAGCCAAGUGACUUUGUUAACGUUUAACGUCAGAACUACCGCCGGUAUUUCCUCGGGCCUGGCUGCUUCACAGCGAACAGUUCGUCACAGGCCAGCUCACUCAGGAAGAAGACUCGGUCCGCGUUAUUACGAGAAAGACUGAUAAGUAUUGUUGCGAGGCGUCUGUUGUUCGUCUCAGCCCAGACCAAGAGCAUGCUGUCCAACGCACAGAACCAACCACAGUUUCCGAACCCAGCGGGCCAGCAGAACCCGACCGGGCAGCAGAACCCUACGGGCCAGUUCCUCCCCUUCCACGCCAGACCCAGCUUACAGAUCAAGAAGAUCGCCAUAACAGAUGACUACAAGGUAACCAGCCAGGUGCUAGGGCUGGGUAUCAAUGGCAGGGUGCUUGAAAUCUUCCAGAAGAAGACUGGAGACAAGUAUGCGCUGAAGAUUCUGAAGGAUUGUCCCAAGGCCCGUAGGGAGGUUGAGCUUCACUGGAGGGCGUCACCUUGUGCCAACAUUGUGCGCAUCAUUGAUGUCUAUGAGAACCUCUAUCAGGGCAGGAAAUGUCUGCUUAUUGUCAUGGCGUGCAUGGAUGGUGGUGAGCUUUUUAGUCGAAUCCAGGACAGAGGAGACCAGGCAUUCACAGAGAGAGAGGCAUCUGACAUCAUGCGGAGCAUAGGAGAGGCCAUCCAGUUCCUGCAUGCGAUCAAUAUUGCACACAGAGACGUCAAGCCAGAGAAUUUACUGUAUUCCUCGAAGAGGCCCAACGCCCUGCUCAAGCUCACAGACUUUGGCUUUGCCAAGGAGACCACUUCACAUAAGUCUUUAGCUACUCCCUGCUACACACCCUACUAUGUUGCUCCAGAGGUUCUGGGCCCAGAGAAAUAUGACAAGUCAUGUGACAUGUGGUCAUUGGGUGUCAUUAUGUAUAUCUUGUUGUGUGGAUUCCCUCCCUUUUAUUCUAACCACGGUCUAGCCAUCUCUCCUGGGAUGAAGCGCAGGAUCAGGAUGGGCCAAUAUGAGUUUCCCAACCCUGAAUGGUCUGAUGUAUCAGAGGAAGCUAAACAACUGAUUGGGACCCUCCUUAAGACUGAGCCGACGCAAAGGAUGACCAUCACAGAGUUCAUGAAUCAUCCAUGGAUCAAUCAGUCGAUGGAGGUUCCCCAGACCCCACUUCACACCAGCCGGGUGCUAAAGGAAGAGAAGGAUGCAUGGGAGGAUGUCAAGGAGGAAAUGACCAGUGCCUUGGCAACAAUGAGGGUUGACUACGAGCAAAUCAAGAUCAAGACCAUUGAGGACUCGACCAAUCCACUGCUAACGAAACGGAGGAAGAAAGCCAAUAACGGCAGGGCGGACCCACAGUCUGCUGCCCACUGAAAGAUGCACGUAUGCAUGCACAUACAAACACAGGUUGUAAAAAGGAAGCAAUAAUUUGUCGACACGUGAGUCGCAUUGCAUGGAUUUUCUCAGUGUUUUAUUUUUCAUGGCAAAUUCUAAUGUUUUGUAGGAGUGUUUGUUUUUAUUACUCUACCAUUUUAACAAGCCCACCGCUCUGCUCUGGCAGAGAGGAUGUUUAUCUGUGUUUUUACACCAGUGAAGAGAUUAUAAAUUCUAGAAAAGGAAAGGAGAGGAAAGGGAAUCAGUGAGCUCUCCCUCCUCUCCUUUCCUAAAUAUCAGGUUGUGUACUCAGAGGGGCUUGAAUGUUGGGAUAGGACAUGGAGCCUUAGCAUUAGCAGUAGUUUUCUUUCACCCCUGCAGCCCUGUUCUAGCUCUAGCCCCAAACCUGUGAAUGUUAAAUGGCUAAAUCCCAAAAAUAAAAGCAAGGGAAGGUUUCCUUUUAACGUGUGUGCAAAGUAAGCAGAUGUACUUUGAACUGACAAGUGGAAUGUAAGGCUGGAAAUAGUCGCCCCUUUCUGGGACUUGAACUGGGAGCAUCUGUCAGGUUCAGUUUGUGUUUGUGAAUGUUGAACAGAGGCCUAUGCACUCACUCAAGGGCCAUGUGCUAUUCUGACAGAGCACCUCACUCUUGGCCCCUCUCUCCUACCUUAAUCUACGCUUGUUUUUCAGGUAUGUAGAGGUAGGGCAGAGAAGGACGCCACGUUUAAGAACAGAAAAUUGGCUCAACCUUUCUCCUGCAUGUAGCUCAUAGGAGAGAAGGAGCCAACUGAUACUGUAUUUUUUCAUGGAUUCUAUGAACAUAUUAGCAUAGGCCUUACUGAGUGUUGCUAAAGCAGCAAAUGACUUUUAAACCCUACCAUUUGUUUCAGGCUUUUACCAAUGUUACGCUUCAGAAUUUAUAACAUUGCCAGUUUAUAUUUCAGGUUAAUGCUAUGCAGAUGUGUUUGUCAGCUUGAAGUACUGCAAGGACCUUUUUGUUAGUGUUUGUUUCUGUUUGCAAAUGCGUUGGGAGAGAUGUCGGGCAACAAUAGAGAGCGUUUGUGUGUGUUUUAUGCAAGCAGUAGCACCCUCUCGGGAAUGCGUGGUUCAGACAGACUGGUGGAGGUCUUUCUGAAACGGUCACUUAGCGUUACUGUUGGUUGCACCAGCUUAAUUGUCAGGAGGCUCAGUGUUCUCCAGCACCUCUCCUCCACACUUCCUGGAGGAUUGAUAGGAAGUAGAAAGUACUUAAGAGCUGCUCCUUGUCCCAGAGCAGAAUCUGACAUACCACCAGCAAGCUGCCAUCACAUUCAGACUGGGUGUGAUGGUCGGCUUCUCUUCAGUGUUCUGUUAACGCAACAGGACGCUUCCCAGCUCACUUUGGAUCAUGGGAAAUUGUUGUGUUAAUUUUGUCAGUUUGGUCCACCUCACUUUGUAAAAUCACAUCCACCUUACCCUGUCACAUGGCACCUACAAAUCUCUCACUGUAAUAAUGUUCAUUUAAUGUUUGUGAAAAUGUUCCUCCUCUUUUUUUUUUUCCUCUUUUCGUCCCUCCACACUUUUUUUUGUAGUGGAAGCACAGAUGUAUAUGUCCUUUUUUCCACUGUCAUUGAGUCUGUUCAGCGCCACCUGCCGUACUUUUGUCUGCUUCAUCUUUGGAUUAAAAAACACACAUUAAAAAAACUCU